AUGAGUAGGGGACUAAACACGGUCAAAUGUCUUGGAAGACAGUUACAUUCAGGAAGCACAGCUUAGUGUUCUAGUCAAUGUGCAGAGAAUGCAUCAUUUACCCCUGUUAUUGGGUUUGCAAGAUUUCGUGGGAGCAUAAUAUCCUGGGUUCACACACUGAGGAGAACAAUUGGAUUUGAAUGUAAUUAAGAAAGUUCACAGCUCAGAACAAAUUGGUGAGGAAACGGUGACAUCAGAAGCUGACUCUAAUUGGCUGUGCUCUUAGGAAGCGAGAGCAGAAACUGAAAGCUUAUUCCGGAAGUUUCCUUUGGGAAGCAAGCUGGUUGGUGUCAGCACUUCUGCCUUUCUCCCAGGUGAACAGCUCGUUGUCCAACAUGAUAGUGUUCAUUUUCUUGGCUGCGAGGCUGAGUUCAGAAAAUGAAUCCUCUUCCCAGACGAAUGACUGUGUACGUUUAGUGCAGCAAUGCUUGAUUGAUACAAACGGCUGUGAGCAGUCAUGGAGAUCAGUGGAACACACCUGCAUCAUUCCAGGUGACUCCUGCAAGAUAAAUAACUCAUCACAUUGUAACCUGAGUAUCCAGUCUUUGAUGGAAAAAAAUUUCCAGCUUAAAGAAUGUCUUUGUGUCGACGACCUCCACUGUACAGUGAACAAACUUUUGGGGAAAAAAUGCAUCAAUCAGACAGGUAACAUGAAAAAGGGUAAUAAUCACAACUGGGAUCUAACUACCCCUUUGCAUCACGGAUUCAAACAGAUGCAGUCUUGUUUGGAAGUGACAGAGGCAUGCGUAGGGGAUGUGGCUUGUAAUGCACAAUUGGCCCUUUACCUUAAAGCAUGCUCAGCAAAUGGAAAUCUGUGCGAUGUGAAACAUUGCCAAGCAGCCAUACGGUUCUUCUAUCAAAAUAUGCCUUUUAACACUGCCCAGAUGUUGGCUUUUUGUGACUGCGCUCAAUCUGAUAUACCCUGUCAGCAGUCCAAAGAAACUCUUCACAGCAAGCCAUGUGCACUGAACAUAGUUCCACCCCCCACUUGCCUCAGUGUAAUUCACACUUGCCGAAAUGAUGAAUUAUGCAGGACACACUAUCGAACAUUCCAAUCAGAAUGCUGGCCCCGGGUGACAGGGAAGUGCCAGGAUGACGAGACCUGCAUCAGCACAUUAGGCAAGCAAGACCUUACUUGUUCUGGGAGUGACAGCUGUAGGGCUGCCUACCUGGGAACCUUUGGGACAGCCCUUCAAGUGCCAUGUGCUUGCAGGAGCAUCACGCAGAGCGAAGAACCUUUGUGCAUGGCUCUCCAGCACAUGCUUCAUAGCAAAUCAUGUUUCAAUUAUCCAACUCCUAAUGUCAAAGACAUUUCCUCAUAUAAAAGAAAGCAUUCAAAGGAAAUUACUCUGACUGGGUUCAAGUCUCCCUUCAAUGGAGAACUAGUCUAUGCUGUCCUGUGCAUGAUUGUUACCUGUGGAAUUCUUUUCUUGGUGAUGCUCAAGCUGAGGAUAUCAAGUAAAAAAAGAGAUCCCUCACCUAUGGAAAUAGCUGGAGGUGUCAUCACUCAGUGAGCCACAGAUCACUAUCAAGUCCAAGUUUUUGUAGUAAACCAGCGGAGAAUUACAUUUGCCAAUAAUACGAUUUAAGAUGGAUUUGACGAUAUUCAGUCAUUAUAUACAACAAUGCCUGGCACAGUAAUAUAGCAUAAUCACCACAGAUCUGCUCUUUUUCCUAAAAAUAUUUGAGUAAAUACUUGUAGUGAUGUCAUAACUAGUUGAUAACAUUUCCUUUGGAGACAAAAAGUGCCAUCUAAAAAGGUAGCAGUUUUUGCUUGAAUGGUAUCAGUGCAAAUAUCAACUUUUCUCAUAAUAUGAUUCAAUGUAGUUAGAGUAUGUGGGUUUUUUUCUGAACAAUUUUAUAAUUUCCCACUAACUUGAUCAAAUGAAAAUGCUAAUGAGAAUGCUGGCUAUAUUUGUUAUUUACAUAUUCUUACUUUGUGUAUAAUCAUUAAACAAAUCAUUGAUGUUAAACAUAUUCAGUUAGAUGAUUGGUUCUAAAAAUAAAAACUGACACCUUAUGAAUUUUAUAAUUUAAAUCAUACUGAAUUUUAUUUUUAGUCUGGUGUCUUAAUGUCCAUAAAUACAUAAAGCAACUACAGUGACUAAGAAAAGUCACCCCAAUAAGGAUGUAUUUUGUGAAUUUAAUUUUUCUUUGCUGAUUAAUCAUCAUGAAAUUCUGUAAUAAUAAAGUCACACUUACAUUGCCAUUUUCUAUAGUUUUUUCUACAUUACUGCUUUGUUCUGGCUUGUCGUCAGUGUAACUAUUUGAAAAUAUAUCCACCAAUUAAUGAAUAUACACUCUACAAAUGCAUACAAUCACAUCACCAUUCACUGUUCAGAAUCCUAAGGUUGUAUUGCUCAGUCACACAAAACAUAAAUAUUUAAUAACCCAAGAACACCAGGCUAGUAAAAGAUACAUUUUAUGUAUUAAAGAUACAUUUGCAAUUGGAGGUAAAAUAUUUUCCUCUUGCUUGGUCUCAUUUUUUAUUAAUUAAAGUACCUACAUUAAAUUAAACUUGAACCUAACAUUUGGUUCUGUAUAUUUAGGGCAACUAAAAAGCAAUACUUUACAUUUGAAAGCAGGCAAGUAAGACUUGGUAAAUUUUGGUACCAUAAAGGUUACCAUAAAAAUUGGUAACCAUAAAGGAUUGUGGACAGCCCACUGCAGUGGUUCUCAACCUGUGGGUCACGACCAACCUGUGAGUCAUGACCCCUUUUGAUCUUUAGAAAAUAAACAGGCAAAUAAAAACAAACAACCCCCCCCAACAAAACCCAGGAAACACACAUGUAUAGAUUCAUAUACAGUAAGAAGUAAAAACUAUAAAAACACAAAAUUGAAAACCAUAAUCUACAAUCACAAGACCAGUGAGGCAAAUAAAUGCUUAAACAAGCAAUAUGAGACACACAUAAAAAAAUCUACAAAAAUACCAAUGAUUUCCUUUUGUGUAGAUCAUCUACUGCUAGGCAUGGGUUCUGCUCUUAAGUGCGACUUGUAAACCCACUAGAGAAAACUAAUUUUUCUAUUUCUGAACUGUUGUCAUUAAGAGAUAGCUUCUUGGUUAGGGAUGGGAAAUUUUGUCUUCUUGUCCCUCUCAGCACUGGAGUCCUAUCUAGCUUGGACCUGUGCAAGUCCUGUGCAUGCUCUCACAGUUUCCAAAAGUUCAUAUGUACAUCAGUCCUACUGAAUCUGGAAGACAUGGUUUCCUAGGUGUCAUCCAUCCCCUCUGGUUCUUAUAAUUUUUCUGCUUUCUCUUCUGCCUAGUUCCAUGAGCCCUUCUCAAUGCGAAGGCAUCCCAUUUGGGAGUGAAAGUGCCAAAGUCCCUACACUUUUUCACAUUGUCUGCUUUUGGGUCUCUGUAUUACUAUCCACCUACUGCAGGAGGAUGCUUCACUGAUGAUAGCUGAGUAAAACAAUAAUCAAUGAAUAUAGCAGAAUAUUGUUAGGAGUCAUUGUGUCGCUACUAAAACAGAAUUUUAUCUCCUGGAUGAGAAGAGCAACAAUACAGGAAAACAGCAGAAGGACACAACAUCAAAUACUUUAGAAAAUUUAAAGUCACCUGUCUCUAGAACAUGGUACCUAGCUAUUGAGGGAGUAGAUAUCAGAAACACAAAGCCCCUUUAGGUCUAAAGACUCACCAUGAAUGUUACAUAUCAUGGCUCUCUUGUCAACCCCAUCAUUUCUUCUGUCCUUGGGGGAAUGCCUUUUAGAAACAUGCCUCCUCUGCGCUGGGCCAAGGACCCUUGCUCCGUGUCUCCCCAAUACUUACUUCUCUUUGCCUUAGACCACUACAUCUCACUAUAACGAUUUCUUCACUGUUUUUCUCAAUAAAUUGCAACUCUUGGUGACUGCAUCUAUGGUUUCCAUUUCUGUCCCUCAGCUUGCCAUCACAUGGCUGUUGCCUACUUAAAGAGUCAACAGAUCUUUCUCAAAAGCCUGCAUAACAUUAGGUCCAUUAUUUUCAGUCAUGGGGCUGUGGCUUACAAGUUCCCUUUGGAGGGAAUUAUAGACAGUUAAGAGUUACUAGAGGACAGGGCUGAUAAAGUUGCUCCCAAAGGGCGUAUAGAUGCUUAACCAUUACUGGGAUGGAGCAGUCUUUCCUCAGCAGUGCAGCUGCCUGUAAGCCUCCCAUGUGUCUGUCUGUAAGCACACUGUCACCCACACUCUUGUAAGCAAUCCUAGUUAAACUCUUUUUUCACCAAACCCUCUCUUUGGUCUGUUGUUCGCAUCCUACCCGGGAUGCAUAGAUAUUUUCAUGUCUCCCCAGAAAAGAUUCACACAAUAAGAAGUUUUAAAUGAGGGAAUGAUUUCUGAAUGAAUAAAAGUGAACCAGCAAUAAAUGGAAACAAUGGAUGGGAAAAGUCUAAGAAUUAUCUCUAAAGUGGACUGCAAUACUGAACUAAUAAGAAUUAAACAUCUGCAGUGAUUAAUUUGUUCAACACUCAUUUACUGAGCACAUACUAAACAUCAGUCAGUGUACUAAGAAUUGGAGGCACAAUUCGGAACACAUUAGAUCUAAAUAAACCCCUCAAACAUUUGAAAAAUAAAGAAGUACACAAGAAUUGUAUAUUUGAAGGCCUGUAGUACAUACGUAACGAAAGCAGAAGUAAAGUAGUCUGGAAUAGGCAGGUAGAAUAGGCUUAAUGUAUGGUACAGACAUAUAUAAUUUCAAAAAAAAUUAAAAAGUAAAAAGUUUAUAAGCCAAUUUCUGAGAAGUGAUAAAUAUUACAAAGAAAUGAAUAGUUUGGAAUGAUCAUAUGAUACUAACAAGAGAAAUUAUAGAUGUCAUAUGAGAAAAUUGAUGCUCUUCAUAAAUAGUACUUGAAAUGGAAAGGAACUUGGAAUUAGGUGUUUGUAGGAAGUUGAAGUUGUGAGGAUUGUUUUAAGAAUAUUCAUUAAAAUAGGCUUUUGAUGCCAAUUGUUCCACCAUGGUGCCAUUUGGAAAACUACUGCACACAAGGAAGAAUGAGACUAGGAUUGGAAGUCCAGUGUGCCACCUUCAUCUUCAGAAUUAUCCCACCUCUCUCCAUCACACAGCACAGGUUUCCUGGCCUUACUCUUUCAGUUGAGUUUAUCCAACAGAAAAAAAAAAUGACAUAUUUAAUACCUCAAGGUAUCAUCCUAGGCUCUCCUUUUUCCAUUAACAUUCUAUCACUGUGGAAAUUUCUACAUGAAUCUGUCCUUCUGGAUUCCAAAAACACUUACUUCAUCUCUUUUUCCUCUCAGGCUUGUGAUACUCACAGCUAACUUGUUACUAAUCCUGAGCCUCAAAGUUACUGUACUGCUCAUUGUGGUUUUCUUACAACUACUCAAACAGGAAUGACGACUCCUUAAAUCAAGAAUUGUUAAAGGUCAUGAGAUAACUUGGAAUGUAGUCCAUCUAUUUCUUAUUGGUUCUCUCCUUGAUGACAACUCCAUGUAUGAACUAACUUAUUUUCAGACACCUUCAGGAUAUCCAUGUGGAGUCAUCUAGCAUUCAAGCAGAAAAUAUGCUGAAUUAGAUCUGAGUUGGAUCCACUAAAUCUUUAGUUUUCCACUACCUUCCACAUACCCCUCUGAUUGCCACAGAGAAGGCUGCUUCACACAGAAUACUUACUGUGGUAUCACAUGGGGAAGGUUGAUAGACCUCCUCACUUUUGAUUUUCUUAACAGUGAUGAAGUUCUCUCAAGAACUGUUUUAGUUACUUUUCUAUCACUAUGAAGAGGCAACAUGAACAAAAUAUCUCAUAAAAGACAAGGUUUAUUGGGCCUCACAUUUCUAGAGGAUUAAAAGUCCAUGAUUAUCAUGGCAGGGAACAUGGCAUUAGGCAGGCAUGGUGCUGGAGCAGUAGCUGAGCUCUUACAUCCUGAUCCAUACAUGCAAGGCAGGAAAAAAAAGAGAAACCUAACUGGAAAUGUCAUGGGCUUUUGAAACCUAAAAGCCAACCCCUAGUGACAUACUUUCUCCAACAAGGCCACACUUCCUAAUCCUUCCUAACCAAUUCUACCAACUGGGAAACCAAUCUUUCAGAUAUAACAGCCCGUGGCCUCAUUCAAACCACCACAUUCAAACCAUCCCAGGAGCCAUCUGACUUGUCCAGUAAUAGGAUUUUUUCCCUUCUGCCUGCUUCUGCAUAUUUACUCAGGGUCUGCUUUCCUCUACAUUUCCUCUCAUGAAUUUCCCCAGGAUCUCCUGAGGAGUUAACAGUUACCAGCUACAACUUAGCAAGGUCUCUGGGGAAGAAGUUUAAGGCAGAAGUGAAUCAGGGAUUUUGUUGUCACUACAAAGCUAUAGCUCAUUUGUAUUUCCUUGUUUGUCUUUUUUUUUUUAAUUUGUCACUCUAUAAAAAAUAUAUAUGUGACUGUUGUCACUUCCAUAAAAACUGAUACAAAUUAAUGGUGAAUAGAAUAUACCCUUUUUAUUUGUUUUCUAAACUACUCACAAUCGGAAGCCUAGAAAACUCAAAAGUAAAACCUGAAGGACAGUGUCUGCAUUUCUUCUCACAUUUCUGUCAGCCUGGCUUACCCUCAAUCUCCACUCUCCUUAGAACUUGAAGUGAGAACCACCUGGACUGAAUGAGGCAUGGUGCAUGAGUUUCCUAAGCUGUUCCCCAGGUGCUUCUCUGAGGCGUCGAUGCUUGUUCAGAUCACGCCGACCGCACCCCAAGAAUAAGCUAGCAGAACGAGUGUCACCACAGUGUCUGCUCUGUAGGUGAACCCAUUGUGAUAGGCACACACUUAAUCAGAUGUUCGCAGUGCUCACUGUUUUCAGUAACUGUCUAUAAAAACUCACACAGGCCUUUAAUCACAGAGGCCUGAAGUUUUAGGUUAGAAGACUGGCAGGUUUAAAUGUAAACAUACAGUUUCAUUAUGCUAUGGAACUUUUCUGUCUAGCUUAUGUAAUUAUGUUAUCUAUGAAAUGUAUGAUUUUAUGUUGAGUGUAAUAGAUAUCUGGUAUUUUCCGUUAUAACAGAGAUAUAAUCAGAUAAAAUAUUUUCUAAAGCUUGUAUAUCUAACAGCAACUAUAGAGACUAUCUGAAGUAAAUUAUCCAUCCUUAAACCUCAAGUUUGCUUUGGAUACACACUCUCAGUGCAAAUUAAGCAUAGUCUUUGAUUCACAAGUAAAUGUUUUAAAAUAAAAUUGGCACAUGUUGUGGAUAGACAUUCUUAAAAAGAUUAAGAAAGACAUAAUAUAUCAUUUAUUAUGUUCCAUAAAGUGCUAUUGAUAGAAACUCUGUGUGUCUUUAGGGCAGUAAGAUGCAAAUGGAAUCAAUGUUAAAGUAUUUCAAGGUGUUGCUGGGCAGUGGUGGUGCACACCUUUAAUCUCAGCACUUGUUAGGCAGAGGCAGGCAGAUCUCUGAGUUCAAGGUCAGCCUAGACUACAGACUGAGUUCCAGGACAGCCAGAACUACACAGAGAAACCCUGUCUUGAAAUUUUUUAUUUAAAUGUGUAUUGAAUUUUCUACAUAGGUAUAUAUUUUUGCAUACAUACAUACAUAUUCUACAUAAAUAGUAUAGUUUAAUCCUAACAAAAGUUUAUCUAUAGGUUUUAUUUUCAG